CCCACCCCCCCAGCCCCCCUCAGAGAGCUCUGAGAGCGGACACACGGAGAGCCAGAGAGACACGGAGACGGAGAGAAAACACAACCUUUAUAUCUCUACCGGCUCCUCUCGGCUAGUUCUCUCUGCCCUCCAUCCGGGCCCUUAAUGCUGUAGCAGCGGAGAGCUCUAGCUCUAUAGCUCUAACGGUUAGAGGAGAGACGACGCAGUGAUUGAGAGAGUCGUCGGUGAGAGGGAGAGAGAGAGAGAGAGACAGGGCGGAGAGAGGACGACGGAGACGGAGAGAGGACGGGAUUGAUCACUCAGCCUUGGAAACAUGGGAUGUACACUGAGCGCCGAGGAGCGCGAAGCUCUGGACCGGAGCAAGGCCAUCGAGAGGAACCUGAAGGAGGACGGGAUGGUGGCCGCCAAGGACGUCAAGCUGCUGCUGCUCGGCGGAGGAGAGUCCGGUAAAAGCACCAUCGUCAAACAGAUGAAGAUUAUCCAUGAAGAUGGCUUUUCUGGGGAUGAUGUGAAGCAGUAUAAGCCCGUCGUCUACAGCAACACCAUCCAGAGCUUGGCGGCCAUCCUCCGAGCCAUGGACUCACUGGGCAUCGAGUUUGGAGACAAGGACAGAAAAGCGGAUGCUAAGCUGGUUUGCGAUGUGGUCACUCGUAUGGAGGACACAGAGCCGUACUCUGCAGAGCUCCUCACUGCUAUGACUCGUGUAUGGACCGACGCCGGGACUCAGGAGUGCUUCAGCCGCGCCCGGGAAUACCAACUUAACGAUUCCGCUCAAUACUACCUGGACAGUCUAGACCGGAUCGGGGCACCAGACUACCAGCCCACAGAGCAGGACAUCCUGAGAACCAGAGUGAAGACCACCGGUAUCGUCGAAACCCACUUCACCUUCAAAAACCUCCAUUUCAGGUGGCGUACAUGCAGCUCACGACGACUUGGCCCUUUGUUGUUGGCAUUUAGGGUGAGAUUAGGUUCAGGGAUUACAGCUCAAUUGACUUCUUGCACUUUUUCCAGGCUGUUUGACGUUGGGGGUCAGAGGUCAGAGAGGAAGAAGUGGAUCCACUGCUUUGAAGAUGUGACAGCCAUCAUCUUCUGCGUUGCCCUGAGCGGAUACGACCAGGUGCUCCACGAAGAUGAAACAACUAACCGCAUGCACGAGUCACUCAUGCUCUUUGACUCCAUCUGUAACAACAAGUUCUUCAUCGACACCUCCAUCAUCCUCUUCCUCAACAAGAAGGAUCUGUUUGGCGAGAAGAUCAAGAAGUCACCGCUGACGAUCUGUUUUCCAGAAUACACAGGUGCUAAUACUUACGACGAUGCUACUGCAUAUAUUCAGGUUCAGUUUGAGAGUAAGAACCGCUCUCCCAAUAAGGAGAUCUACUGUCACCUGACCUGUGCCACAGACACAGGAAACAUCCAGGUAGUGUUUGAUGCCGUCACUGACAUCAUUAUUGCAAACAACCUUAGAGGGUGUGGCUUAUACUGAGGCCUGGCCAAGCACAGAGGUUGUCAUGGAGAGUAUGAGGUGUUAAUAAUGAUAAUUUUGAUGAUACUUAAAACACAUAAAUAUGUAAUUCUACAUGUCCAAAUGGACCCAAAGAGCUGCCGUCCGACACCACACUGGAUUAUCGCCAUGAUUUGUUCCCUUCCUCUCAUUUUGAUUUCAGUAUACAACCCCCAGUUUUGUCUUAUAAAAAUGUGUUUUUUGAGCUGAAUGUUUCAUGUUUGGUUGAUGACUGUCAACAACAGCGAAGGUCAGAGGGGGCAGCACCAAGGUUGUAUUCAGCUGGAGCCUCGUUUUUGCAAAACUCAAGGAGUUUGCAAUGUAAUUUUAAACCACGGCGUUGGACUAUUGUCCCAUCCUUUAUGUGGCGUUUUCAUGUGCAAGUCUCGAGGCGUUUCUAUCCGUACUGAAUAUAGCCUGUUGUGCUCCGUUUGAACAGCUGCUGUGUGUGUGUGUGUGUGUGUGUGUGUGUGAAGGUGGAGCUGAUGAUGAUGAUAUUGGGGAGGUGCUGUACUCGUGGCUGAGGGUCAUGGUUGGGAAGGAGGCUAUUUUAACUUUCAGAAGGGACAAAGCUCCCCUCUCCUUCAGACCCACACAUGACUGAGUAGCCUGCAGGUCUUUUCCACUCUCUGUUUUACUUUCACACAUAAUGAGAGGAUUCUUCUGUUCAGAGUGGCUGCCCAUUUCCAUUGGCCUCCUGUAGCGUGAAGAAAUGCCUAUCAGCCAAUGAUAUCUAAAAAAAAACAAGAAAACGUCAUAUCGGUGCCAACCAUCUGAGAAGGACAGAUCAUAAAUCAUGUUAAUAUUAUUUAAGCAACAGAUUAUUAUUAUUAUCAUCGAAUGAUUUAUUUAUUUAAGCCUCAUGCCCUACAUGCCUCCUUCUACCUCCUGAAAUCCCGUGCCACAUAUUUAUUUCCUGACAUGAAAAGCUGGGGUACACCGACACCUGUCUACGGUUCAGAGGGUAGAACGCAGCCCUCCAAUGACAUCUUGUUCUCCGUGUGGUGCUUUAACCCUUCGAUGUGAAUCUGUGUAGAAGUAGAAGACUGCACGAGAACAAUAUCAUUUGAGGCAGCCUCUGUCUGGGGAGUCGCGGGGUUUUCCCCCAACCCUCGUCUCCCCUGAUCAGUAAACAGGGAACCAUUAUCCCUCCCCCCACUCCCCACAACCCCCCGUCUGUCACGUUUCUCUUUUCAGAGAACAAAGUACAGCUCUCCAUUUUCACCUGUGCACCCAGACAUUCAUCUUCCCCUCCCCGUAUACUCUUAUCUAUCACAUAUCAGUCCCCAUAUCCUAUCUCCAUUCUCACCUUAAAAGCACCGUACUGUAUAUAUAUUAUGAUUAUACCAGAUUUUUUUUUUUACUGUGAAUGUUUUUGUGCUGCACCCCCAUCCUGUUUGGUAGUUUAUUGGUUGCUCUCAUGUGGAAUGUUUGUGCUGAGCCAAUCGAAUGUUGUGUUUACAUUAAAGCCACACUUUUCCUAACUA